AUGUGCGAUUUAAACUGGUGUCCUGUUUGUGAUUCUGCUAUUUCAUGCGAAUCUGAUUCCCUUUAUUGUUCAAUUGAUUGCUACAGACAAGAUGCCUCAGAGCAUUUGGGUCAUCAAAUAUUACCUCUGCUACCAAAGACACCCUCUGUGACCCUAUUGAAACCAGAAAGCAUGGACCAUGUACCUGAACUAACAAGGUCCAUAUACACAAGUUCAUCUAUAUCUAUACAAUCAUUACAAAAGAAAUUAUUGUACUAUGGCGAAGAAGAAGAAGAAGAAGAAUGUUGUCUUUACUGUGAAAAACUAAAGAAGGAACAAGAAACACAUAAGCCUAAUCCUAUACCCAUUUUCUUGAAAUAA